UUCGCCUAUACAGCUGCUUUUGCAGCAAGUGGGCGUAGGGUGUAUUUGCAUGCGUGGGCUGCAAAAAUUAGUGGGCUGGGAGGACUCGAGACUUUCUCUCUGCCCUCCUUUCACUUUUUUUCUUCUGCUUCUUCUUCUUCGUCUCCUCUGUCAAUGUGGCUCAGUCCUGUUUCCCGCUUUGGCUGUGGAGCAGGGGGAAGUGUUUAUAUGGGGGAUGAUGACAGAGGUCGGGUCGCGCUAAUGGGCCAGUGAAGAGCGACGGAGGGAGGCGAGGAGAGGAUAGGAGAGGAUAGGCGAAGCGCACACAGCAGACCAGGAACACAUACAUUCAUACACUUAUUCCAUCAACAAUCAGCAUAGGUGUGUUCAUUCUCUUUACCCCCACCUCCUUUCCACCACAGCUCUCUCUCUCCCCUUCUCCUCCUCCCCUUCCACCCUCCCUCUGUCUCUCUCUUCCCCACUCUGCCUCAUCCCGACUCUCUCAUUCGCUCUCUCACACGCCAGCGCACAUCCAGCGCCAAACUCCGUGCGUCCUGACAUCUGAGUUCACUGUCAAUCUCUGUCUCCUUCGCAGGGAUAUCCCCUCCGUCUCCGCCAAAUACCACUGGAAACUAAUUUUUCCUCUUCUAAACUUCCUGGGAGAGAGAGAGACAACCAGAUCCUGGUCGGCUUUUUGCUGUUUUUUUCUCUUAUUAUUUUUGGUGUGGAGAACGGGGCUCUACAGCCUAUAGUUUAACAAGGACGCAGGAUGCCCCAAAAAGAAUACCACAACCAAGCCACGUGGGAGUCUGGCGUAGCCUCAAUGAUGCAGAACAAGGUGUAUGACAUCUGUGAUGAAGGUCACAGUGGCGUAAAUCAGCUUGGUGGUGUGUUUGUUAAUGGCAGACCGCUGCCGGAUUCCACCAGGCAGAAAAUAGUUGAACUUGCUCACAGUGGCGCUAGACCCUGCGACAUCUCCAGGAUAUUGCAGACCCAUGAUGAAGUCCAAGUGCUGGACAGUGAAAAGGUGUCCAACGGCUGCGUAAGCAAGAUCCUGGGCAGAUAUUAUGAAACUGGCUCCAUAAGACCGAGAGCGAUAGGCGGCAGCAAGCCCCGCGUUGCCACUCCGGAGGUGGUCGCCAAAAUCGCGCAGUACAAGCGGGAGUGUCCGUCGAUCUUCGCCUGGGAGAUCCGCGACCGGCUGCUGUCGGAGGGGAUCUGCACCAACGACAACAUACCCAGCGUGUCAUCAAUAAACAGAGUCCUCCGCAACCUGGCGAGUGAAAAGCAACAGAUGGGCGCAGAUGGCAUGUAUGACAAGCUGAGAAUGCUCAACGGUCAGACAGGAACUUGGGGGACCCGGCCAGGCUGGUACCCCGGAACAUCGGUGCCAGGGCAGCCCAACCAAGAUGGCUGCCAACAACAGGACGGUGCAGGGGAAAACACGAACUCCAUCAGCUCCAACGGCGAGGACUCGGAGGAGACGCAGAUGAGGCUGCAGCUCAAGAGGAAGCUGCAGAGAAACCGCACGUCCUUCACGCAGGAGCAGAUCGAGGCGCUGGAGAAAGAAUUUGAAAGAACGCAUUAUCCAGAUGUUUUCGCACGGGAAAGACUAGCGGCGAAAAUCGACCUGCCCGAAGCAAGAAUACAAGUAUGGUUCUCAAACAGAAGAGCAAAGUGGAGGCGAGAGGAGAAGCUGCGGAACCAGCGCCGGCAGGCCAAUAACUCCUCCAGUCACAUCCCCAUCAGCAGCAGCUUCAGCACCAGCGUCUACCAGACCAUCCCGCAGCCCACCACACCGGUGUCUUUCACCUCUGGGUCAAUGCUUGGAAGGCCUGACUCUGCACUGACAAAUACCUACAGUGCGCUGCCCCCCAUGCCCAGCUUCACCAUGACCAACAAUCUACCUAUGCAACCCAGCCAGACCUCCUCUUAUUCCUGCAUGCUGCCUACCAGUCCGCCUGUGAACGGGCGGAGCUACGAAACAUACACGCCCCCUCAUAUGCAGGCACAUAUGAACAGCCAAUCAAUGACCACUUCUGGUACCACCUCAACAGGACUCAUCUCUCCUGGAGUGUCUGUCCCUGUCCAAGUCCCAGGGAGCGAGCCUGACAUGUCUCAGUACUGGUCAAGACUACAAUAGAGAGAAGAGCUACUUCACCCUGUAAGCACCCACUCCACCAUCGCCCUCCGGCAGUGCUCCUCACACAUACAUGGCACAGGAGAGUAGGGGAAAAAAGGCGUGAGAGGGUUGAGGAAGAGGCAACAGUCAGGAGAGGAAAGAACGAGAAGGACUCUGGGAGAGCCUUGGGACGUCUGGGCUUUGUUUCCCCUGCUGGGACAGUGUGCUGUUGUGUAGCUCUAGGCACAUUCAAACGAGGACUUGGAAGACAGACCAAGAGUGGAAAGAGCGAAAAAAAUGGACCUCUGUAUAGUGCCCGGUGUUAAAUUUUUAUGGAACAAAAACUUAUCCGUUCUUUUUCUAUUUCCAACUUCAGUCAUUGUUUCCCUUUUUUUCUCUGGUGUGUUUGUAAAUGGUCAUUUGUAUGUUAUUAUGAAAAAAAAAAGAAAAACAAGAUCAAGUACUGAUAGAUGGACUGCUAGAAAACCAUGUUGGUUUUGCUUUUUUUUUUUUUUUGCUAAAGGAGAAGCUGAGAGAAUCUGCCAUGACUAUCUUUUAAUCUGCUUAUAUCGAGACUUUCUGCCAGCCUUUUGCAUGGUCUCUGGACGCAUAUCAUUAAAGACGAGAAAAAAGCUGGAGGGAAGACUCUUACUGUGACAGAAAAAAAGAAAACUAUUUAUUGGUCUUAUUUGUUACGAAUGGAUAUGUAGUGGAGGAAAACUCAAACUCAAUCCACCCACUGAGGCGGCGGCGGUCUUGGCCCCUCUGAUACAGGGCCGUGCAUUUAUUAGAUUGGGAUCCUUAUCAGCAGCUCCAAGCAUGCAAAGACGGGACAGCUUGCAACACAACUUGGACCUUCUGCUUCUGUUGUUGAAUUGAUUCUUUAGAUUACCGCCGAGAACAUUACGCGUGGAAAACAGAUGCAGCAAGAACACCCCCCAACCCCCGACACCUGUAUUCUGUAAAUGGUUGACUGCGUCUUCGAUAUAAUCCAGUUUUUUAAUGUCCAAAUGUAAAGUACUUGUCUUCCCUUUUUGGAAAUCUUCAACAAAGAUUUCUCCAAUAAAAGUCGAUUUGAGUUUUGAAUCCCCGAGAAUAUUCUAUAAAUGUUCCAUGCAUCAUGAACUACAUUUCUUUAGGGUCAGGUACAAUUUGUCUCUUAGGUAUAGUUGUAAUAUAGUGUCCUAUGGUCAAAAAAUUUGCAACUAGAAAUAUUUAAUUCCUAUAAUUAUGAUUAAACAUUGCUUGACAAGAGUUUAAAACUUAAGCGUUUGGCAGUUGUUUACAAGUACAUAUCAGAUCUAAUCAUUGUUGAUUGUAAAACAGACCAAAGCCUUUUUUGUAUUUCAUCUAGAACAGGUUUCAUUUCUUUCUCUUUCUUUCUUUCUUUCUUUCUUUCUUUCUUUCUUUCUUUCUUUCUUAAGAUAUUAGUCUUGUGUUGCAAAAUGUUAUAAACACUUCGUUCAACUACAUCAGCUUCAAAGACUGCAGUUGAACCUCCCGCAGUCCUUAUUUAUAAUUAAAGACCAUGGGAUGGGUUUUUUUUUUCUUGCAUCAUCUGUCAUCAUGCUCAUUUUGAGUUUUGCAUUUUAUUUCAGUGUGUGCGUAGAACAUGGACACAUACCGGGGUUUACAUCUGAGCUUUGCUUCUGACAUAAAACACGCUGUCUCUUAAAUAUUUCAAUUUAAUUUUAUUUAAAAUGGAGCUUUCUAAAUGUAUUUUGUGAAAACUAUAAAACAUUUUGUACAGUAAAAAAUGUGUCUUAAAGAAA